CAAUUUGCAACCGACGGGAAAAAAAUUGCAAGUUGAAAUUUACUAAAGGUUUGUAAACAAAGCCUCUGAUUUGGACUAUAUAAGAAAUAGGGAAGCACCAAUCCAGUUGCUCAGGCUAUGUCAUUGGCUUUCAUUUUGCUAAUAGUCCCAAUCAGACGAUUGUUUAGAAACCUUUAAUAGUCAACUUGCAAUUUUUUCCCUCGCAAUCUGCCUAUAAAAAUUGCAAUAUUGUGGGACAAUAUUGCACUGUGCGAGUUGUGAUUUGAUCUGUGCGAGUGUGGUUUGAUCUGUGCGGACUUUGCCAUAUUUUAAAGAUGAAUUUCACUCGUUGCUGUGUGUUUGUUCUCUUAUGUAUUUCCAACAUCUACAAGAUACAAGGAUAUAAUUUUAACGCGUGUCCUACCAGUAAGAACAAUGUUCUCAACGUAACUUACGGAUCUUUGGUUGUUAAAUGUGGCACCAAAUAUGAUCUGGAAUUGGUCACUCCUGAUCCACCAAAUAUCUCAUUUUCUCACGCAGAUAAGGUACACAUUGUUGUUGUUGUACUAAAAACAUAUGUGUAUAAAAGAUGUAAUCCCAAAGAUUUUUUCUGCAACAAUUUAGUUUGAAUUUAAUUUUUGUUUUUUAUCCAGGAAAAAUUUUAUGAAGUGCUGAUGAUCGAUCCUGAUGCAUCGAAAUGCAGAAGUUGGCUACAUAUGUUGUUGUCUGAUGUCAAGGUAGGAAGAAUGUUAUCUAUCUCCUAUAGUUAAUUAUUAUAUUACUCUCUGUCCAAGGAUUUCAGUUUUUGCCGUGUUUUUUCGUCGGUUCUGGCUAGAACUAAUUGGCCAGAAGCAAAUUCUGGUGCACAGCUAGAAAUUACAAUGCUGUUUAUUUCAUUUAAGGGAAGUGAUCUUCAGAAUGGCAUUUCUGCUAAUGUUAAUACAGGGUUCAACGUGGUAACAGGUAUGAAAUACGUUUUAUAGCAAGAAGUAUGUCUUUAUUCUUUAGCUAGAUCUUUUCAUAUUGUUUUAGUCUGUUUUACUUAUGAUGGAGUAGUUUCCUAUAUGAUAGCUGACAUUUAAGAUUAUUGACUAUAGUAUCAUAUACUUCUACUGAACAAGAAAACAUUUUGCAUUUUACAAUGUAUAUGUACUGUAACACUUUAAUUUCAUUUUACAGAAUACAUGUCCCCAGGGCCUCCCAAAGGAGCUGGCUAUCAUCGGUAUAUUCAAGCUGCAUUUGGCCAUGAAGAACCCUUGAAUCUUGAGAAAAUAACACAACGAUGUGGUUUUGACAUUGAUUUAUUUAGCAUAACUC